AUGUGGAUUUGGCAUGCUUUUUUUGGUUCUCCUGGUUCGAUUAACGACAUCAACGUUCUUAAUCGUUCACCAAUAUUUAACAACAUAUACGAUGGAUCCGCACCAGAUUCUUCUUUUCAAGUGCGUGGAACGCCAUAUAAGUAUGGUUAUUAUCUGGUUGAUGGAAUCUAUCUUGAGUAUGCUGUGUUUGUUAAAUCGUUUACAGCUUCACAUGGUUCUAGACGAAAGAAAUUCAAGAGAGCUCAAGAAAGAGCUAGGAAGGAUGUUGAGCGUGCUUUUGGAGUUCUGAAUAAACGGUGGUUCAUAUUGAAAAAACCAGCAGCUUAUUUAGGCGAGGAAAAACUUCAAGAAAUCAUAGCAAUAUGUGCGUUUGACGAGGAAGAAACCAUACCAGAGACACAACCAAUAGAAAUUGGUGGCGAAGAGUAUAUAAACAGGAGAACAAAGAUACGUUGCACUGAAACAUUUCACAAUCUUCGCAAUAACUUGGUGGAAUACACUUACGGGGUUCAAAACAUUAACCUUAAUUUGGAUCCACCGGAUGACCUCGAAGAUGAGUUCUCAGAGAACGAUUUUAUUUAG